AUGAAGUCUGGUCUUCUUCGCAAACUAGUCACCAACUGGCUGCUAACAGACCCCAAUUAUACCAUUGAUCAUGGCGACAGCCGCAACUACCAGAUGCAGAAGUAUGCGGAUAUGCCAUAUGUAUACUGCUUUGGGGGCCGCUUCAAGUUUGUCAAACACAAGCCCAUCAGUCUUGCCGUGGCUACUACAAUCAUUGCAGGUGGAGUUCUCUUUUGGGUGUUUGAAGCCAGCUGGUUCUGGCACAACAUUAGCCCUGCUGUAGUUGUGAUAUUCAGCUACUUGUGGUUUCUUCUAUUCAUGUUCUUUGUCAAAUGCUCCACCUCAGACGCAGGUAUCCAACCCCGCAAUGUACAUCUUCCCUUCGACUUUGAACAUGCAUCUUCUCUCACAGCACCUGACGAAUACUUCAAUACCAUCUCGCUUCCGUAUUAUUCAGAUCGAUAUCAUGGCGUUUCUGUCAAAUAUUGUGCCACUUGCCAUAUAUGGCGUUUGCCUCGCAUGAGCCACUGUGGCAAGUGUAAUAGCUGUGUGCUGGUCCAUGAUCAUCAUUGUGUCUAUCUCAAUAACUGUAUCGGUGCUCGGAACUACCGUUAUUUUUUGUGGUUUCUAUUGUGUGCUGUGACUACAUGUGUGUUUCUUGCCACGCUUUCCUUCGUACAUCUUUUCCACUACAGAACUGAAGAGCUGGACAUACACCGCUUCUCGCAAUCAGCAUCUCGAUCUCCGGUGGCGCUUCUCCUAGCCAUUCUUUCUCUUUCUGGGGUUGUGUAUCCGACGUUGCUUCUUGCGUUUCACUUGUUUUUGACCGCUAAUAACAUCACCACAAGAGAAUUCUUGAACAAUGCGAGACCGCUGCACAAUUUGCUGGCCGAAGAGCGCUAUGUCAAUGUUUUUGACACGAAAUCUGUCGCAGCAAAUCUUUGGCUCAACUGGAUUGCGUCACCGCAAGGUCUAUCCUUGAUCAAACCGAGAGAAAAAUACAUAAGUGGCGAUAUCAGACUAGCAGACUUGCCUGUUUUGACAUCCUUUGAAGGUAGGGUCAAGUAG